AGGGAAUGAGCGUGCCGAGGAUAAUGAUGAUGAUGAUUAUGAUUAUGGCCGACGAAACGACUCGAGCCCGGCGGAGAGCGCGUGGCCUUGGCUGCUUGUCAUGGGACACGCAUGCUUACUCCAGGUAUCUGCCUCUUUUACUCUCUAUCUCAUUUCCUCUCUCCCUGUUUUUCUUGUCUCCCUGCCCAAUCCUCUGACGGACAACACACAUGCUCACUUACCCACCUGCGCAGCCUCGCAUCCCCAACAGCUCCCAAUCCACCACCACCGCCUCGCCACAUCACCGAGCCCUCAUCCUCUUCCCCUCUCUCACCUCAGAAGAAGACAGAACAAGAACAAACCCGUAACCCACAAUCCCAUCCAUUCGCGCCUCCCGUAUCAGUGACUCACUCCAAAUCACUCACUCACUGAACACACCGCUCCCAUCCAUCCACUCAACCGCU